AUGGAGCAUGAUGGGAAGAGAUGCUCAGAUGAAGGAGGUGAUGCCUCCUGUGGAGGAGCUGAUGUGCCGCUGGAAAGCAAGCAGCACAGCAGAUUGCAGGGCUUAGGCGGUGUACCACCAAGUGCAACUUACAGAGGAAGGGACGAUGAGGUAGUUCUGCAGUGCACAGCGACCAUCCACAAAGAGCAGCAGAAGCUAUGUUUGGCAGCAGAAGGAUUUGGCAACAGACUUUGUUUUUUGGAGUCUACAUCCAAUUCCAAGAAUGUCCCCCCGGACCUGUCCAUCUGUACCUUUGUGCUGGAGCAGUCCCUGUCGGUACGUGCCCUACAGGAGAUGCUGGCCAACACCAUGGAGAAGUCAGAAGGGAAGUUCAUGAUGAAGACUGCUCAAGGUGGAGGCCACCGGACACUCCUCUAUGGACAUGCCAUAUUGCUACGCCAUUCCUACAGUGGUAUGUAUCUGUGCUGUCUCUCCACCUCCCGGUCUUCCACUGACAAACUGGCCUUUGAUGUUGGUCUUCAAGAAGACACUACAGGGGAGGCUUGCUGGUGGACCAUACAUCCUGCCUCUAAGCAGAGAUCAGAGGGAGAAAAGGUGCGGGUUGGAGAUGACCUCAUCUUGGUCAGUGUGUCUUCUGAAAGGUACUUGCACUUGUCAUACGGCAACAGCAGCUGGCAUGUGGAUGCUGCCUUCCAGCAGACCCUCUGGAGCGUGGCCCCUAUCAGCUCAGGAAGUGAAGCAGCCCAAGGGUAUCUUAUCGGUGGUGAUGUUCUCCGGCUACUACAUGGACACAUGGAUGAGUGUCUCACUGUCCCUUCAGGAGAACAUGGCGAAGAACAGCGGAGAACAGUUCAUUACGAAGGUGGUGCUGUAUCGGUUCAUGCACGUUCCCUCUGGAGACUAGAGACCCUAAGAGUUGCGUGGAGUGGAAGUCACAUAAGAUGGGGCCAACCAUUCCGACUCCGGCACGUCACAACAGGAAAAUACUUAAGCCUUAUGGAAGACAAGAACCUUCUCCUCAUGGACAAAGAAAAAGCUGAUGUCAAAUCAACGGCCUUUGCCUUCCGGUCUUCCAAGGAAAAAUUGGAUGUAGGGGUGAGAAAAGAAGUUGAUGGCAUGGGAACCUCAGAAAUUAAGUACGGAGACUCCAUUUGCUAUAUACAACAUGUGGAUACAGGCCUGUGGCUAACCUACCAGUCUGUGGAUGUGAAAUCAGCACGAAUGGGAACCAUACAGCGUAAGGCCAUUAUGCACCAUGAAGGCCACAUGGAUGAUGGCUUGAACAUAUCCAGAUCUCAGCAUGAAGAGUCCCGCACAGCCCGUGUUAUCCGGAGCACAGUGUUUCUCUUCAAUAGAUUCAUAAGGGGCCUGGAUGCUCUCAGCAAGAAAGCAAAGGUGCCCACCAUUGACUUGCCCAUCGAGUCUGUGAGCCUGAGCUUGCAGGACCUCAUCGGCUACUUCCACCCCCCGGAUGAGCACUUGGAACACGAGGACAAGCAGAACAGGCUGCGAGCCCUGAAGAACAGGCAGAAUCUCUUCCAGGAAGAGGGAAUGAUCAACUUGGUUCUGGAGUGCAUUGACCGCCUGCAUGUGUACAGCAGUGCAGCCCACUUUGCAGAUGUCGCGGGCCGAGAAGCAGGGGAGUCUUGGAAAUCCAUUCUGAAUUCUCUGUAUGAGUUGCUGGCGGCUCUAAUUAGAGGAAAUCGUAAAAACUGUGCUCAAUUUUCUGGUUCCCUUGACUGGCUGAUCAGCAGACUGGAAAGACUGGAAGCGUCCUCUGGCAUUCUGGAGGUCCUCCACUGUGUGUUAGUGGAGAGCCCAGAAGCUCUGAAUAUCAUCAAAGAAGGACAUAUCAAAUCUAUCAUCUCACUUUUAGACAAGCAUGGAAGAAACCACAAGGUCCUGGACGUGUUGUGCUCUCUCUGUGUUUGCCAUGGGGUUGCUGUCCGUUCUAACCAGCAUCUCAUCUGCGACAAUCUUCUGCCAGGACGAGAUCUCUUACUACAGACCCGUCUUGUGAAUCAUGUCAGUAGCAUGAGGCCUAAUAUCUUCCUGGGUGUCAGCGAAGGGUCUGCACAGUAUAAGAAGUGGUACUACGAGCUCAUGGUGGACCAUACAGAACCCUUUGUGACAGCAGAGGCUACUCACCUGCGAGUGGGCUGGGCUUCCACUGAAGGCUAUUCCCCGUACCCUGGCGGGGGUGAAGAGUGGGGUGGCAAUGGCGUUGGUGAUGACCUCUUCUCCUAUGGGUUCGAUGGCCUUCACCUCUGGUCAGGUUGUAUAGCUCGAACUGUGAGCUCACCCAACCAGCACUUGUUGAGAACUGACGAUGUCAUCAGUUGCUGUUUAGAUCUAAGUGCCCCAAGCAUCUCGUUCCGCAUUAAUGGACAACCUGUUCAAGGAAUGUUUGAGAACUUCAACAUCGAUGGCCUGUUCUUUCCAGUUGUCAGUUUCUCUGCAGGAAUAAAGGUUCGCUUUUUGCUUGGGGGGAGACAUGGAGAAUUCAAGUUUCUUCCUCCACCUGGCUAUGCAGCUUGUUAUGAAGCUGUUCUGCCGAAAGAGAAAUUGAAAGUAGAACACAGUCGAGAGUAUAAGCAGGAGAGGACAUACACACGAGAUUUGCUGGGGCCCACGGUGUCCCUGACCCAAGCUGCCUUCACACCCGUUCCUGUGGACACCAGCCAGAUUGUGUUGCCUCCUCACCUGGAAAGGAUAAGAGAAAAACUGGCAGAGAAUAUCCACGAGCUCUGGGUUAUGAAUAAAAUUGAGCUUGGCUGGCAAUAUGGUCCGGUUAGAGAUGACAACAAGAGACAGCACCCAUGUCUGGUGGAGUUCUGCAAACUGCCAGAACAGGAACGCAACUACAACCUGCAGAUGUCGCUUGAAACUCUCAAGACUUUGCUGGCAUUAGGAUGUCACGUGGGUAUAGCAGAUGAACACGCUGAGGAGAAAGUGAAGAAAAUGAAGCUUCCCAAGAAUUACCAGCUGACCAGUGGAUACAAACCUGCUCCAAUGGAUCUGAGCUUUAUAAAACUCACCCCCUCUCAGGAAGCAAUGGUGGACAAGUUGGCUGAAAAUGCUCACAAUGUGUGGGCCCGGGACCGAAUCCGGCAGGGCUGGACUUAUGGCAUCCAGCAGGAUGUGAAGAACAGAAGAAACCCUCGCCUCGUUCCCUACACUCUUCUGGAUGACAGAACCAAGAAGUCAAACAAAGACAGUCUCCGAGAGGCGGUUCGCACGCUGCUGGGCUAUGGCUACCACCUGGAAGCUCCUGAUCAGGACCACGCCGCGAGAGCUGAGGUGUGCAGCGGCACCGGGGAGAGGUUUCGUAUCUUCAGGGCAGAGAAGACCUAUGCGGUGAAGGCUGGUCGCUGGUACUUUGAAUUCGAGGCGGUCACUGCUGGAGACAUGCGGGUGGGCUGGAGCAGGCCUGGCUGCCAGCCGGAUCUAGAGCUGGGUUCUGAUGAACGUGCCUUUGCUUUUGAUGGUUUUAAGGCCCAGCGCUGGCACCAGGGCAAUGAACAUUAUGGACGCUCUUGGCAAGCAGGUGAUGUUGUGGGCUGCAUGGUUGACAUGAACGAACAUACCAUGAUGUUCACUCUGAAUGGUGAGAUCCUGCUGGAUGACUCAGGCUCCGAGCUGGCUUUCAAGGACUUCGAUGUUGGUGAUGGCUUCAUCCCUGUGUGUAGCCUAGGGGUGGCACAAGUAGGCAGGAUGAACUUUGGAAAGGACGUCAGCACUUUGAAAUAUUUCACCAUCUGUGGCUUACAAGAAGGCUAUGAGCCAUUUGCUGUUAACACAAAUAGGGACAUCACCAUGUGGCUGAGCAAGCGGCUUCCUCAGUUCCUCCAGGUCCCAUCAAACCAUGAACACAUCGAGGUAACAAGAAUAGAUGGCACCAUUGACAGUUCUCCAUGUCUGAAGGUCACUCAGAAGUCCUUUGGUUCUCAGAACAGCAACACUGACAUCAUGUUUUACCGCCUGAGCAUGCCCAUUGAGUGUGCAGAAGUCUUCUCGAAGACAGUGGCAGGAGGGCUCCCUGGUGCAGGCCUCUAUGGGCCCAAGAAUGACCUAGAGGAUUAUGAUGUGGACUCUGAUUUUGAGGUUCUGAUGAAGACAGCUCAUGGUCAUCUGGUACCUGACCGCAUUGAUAAGGACAAAGAAACCCCGAAGCCAGAGUUCAAUAACCACAAAGAUUAUGCUCAGGAAAAGCCUUCACGCCUAAAGCAAAGAUUCUUACUUAGACGGACAAAGCCAGAUUACAGCACAAGCCAUUCUGCAAGACUCACUGAAGAUGUCCUUGCUGAUGACCGGGAUGACUAUGAGUACCUGAUGCAGACAUCCACGUACUAUUACUCCGUGAGGAUCUUUCCUGGACAAGAACCUGCUAAUGUCUGGGUGGGCUGGAUUACAUCUGACUUCCACCAGUACGACACAGGCUUUGAUUUGGACAGAGUGCGCACGGUGACUGUCACUCUAGGGGAUGAAAAAGGAAAAGUACAUGAGAGCAUCAAACGCAGCAACUGCUAUAUGGUGUGUGCGGGAGAGAGCAUGAGUCCUGGACAAGGGCGAAACAACAGCAAUGGUCUGGAGAUUGGCUGUGUGGUGGAUGCUGCCAGUGGGCUGCUCACAUUCAUUGCCAAUGGCAAGGAACUAAGUACUUACUAUCAGGUGGAGCCAAGUACAAAAUUAUUUCCUGCAGUUUUUGCACAAGCUACAAGUCCCAAUGUUUUCCAGUUUGAGUUGGGCAGAAUAAAGAAUGUGAUGCCUCUCUCAGCGGGAUUGUUUAAAAGUGAGCACAAAAACCCGGUGCCCCAGUGUCCUCCACGUCUGCAUGUGCAGUUCCUGUCACAUGUCCUGUGGAGCCGGAUGCCCAACCAGUUCUUGAAGGUGGAUGUCUCUCGAAUCAGUGAACGCCAAGGCUGGCUGGUGCAGUGUCUUGAUCCUCUACAGUUCAUGUCCCUCCACAUCCCUGAGGAGAACAGAUCUGUUGAUAUCUUAGAGCUGACAGAGCAGGACGAGUUGCUGCAGUUUCACUAUCACACCCUCCGCCUCUACUCUGCCGUCUGUGCCCUUGGGAAUCACCGGGUGGCUCAUGCACUGUGCAGUCACGUGGACGAACCUCAGCUGCUCUAUGCCAUUGAGAACAAGUACAUGCCUGGCUUGCUGCGCGCUGGCUAUUAUGACCUGCUGAUUGACAUACACCUCAGCUCCUAUGCCACUGCUAGGCUCAUGAUGAACAAUGAGUUCAUUGUCCCUAUGACAGAGGAGACAAAGAGCAUCACCCUCUUCCCCAAUGAGAACAAGAAACAUGGUCUCCCAGGCAUUGGCCUCAGCACCUCCCUCCGGCCUCGGAUGCAGUUUUCCUCCCCUAGUUUUGUGAGCAUUAGCAAUGAAUGUUAUCAAUAUAGUCCCGAGUUUCCGUUGGAUAUCCUCAAGGCCAAGACCAUCCAGAUGCUCACAGAAGCAGUGAAGGAGGGCAGCCUCCAUGCACGGGACCCUGUAGGUGGGACCACAGAGUUCCUCUUUGUACCUCUCAUCAAACUCUUCUACACCCUGCUCAUCAUGGGUGUCUUUCACAACGAGGAUUUGAAACACAUCCUACAGUUGAUUGAGCCCAGUGUGUUUAAGGAAGCUGCCACUCCAGAGGAGGAAGGAGGAGCCUCAGAGAAGGAGAUCAGUGCAGAAGACUCUAAGCUGGAAGGAAUAUGUGAAGAAGAAGCCAAAGGGGCCAAAAGGCCCAAGGAAGGCCUGCUCCAGAUGAAACUCCCUGAGCCAGUUAAACUACAGAUGUGCCUCUUGCUUCAGUACCUCUGUGACUGCCAGGUUCGGCACCGGAUAGAAGCCAUUGUAGCCUUUUCAGAUGACUUUGUAGCUAAGCUCCAAGACAAUCAACGGUUCAGAUAUAAUGAAGUUAUGCAAGCCUUAAACAUGUCUGCCGCACUCACUGCCCGGAAAACGAAGGAGUUCCGGUCACCACCACAAGAGCAGAUUAACAUGCUUCUCAAUUUUAAGGAUGACAAAAGUGAAUGUCCCUGUCCUGAGGAAAUCCGAGACCAACUCCUGGACUUCCAUGAGGACCUGAUGACUCACUGUGGAAUUGAGCUGGAUGAAGAUGGAUCCCUGGAUGGAAGCAAUGACUUGACAAUCAGAGGACGUUUGAUGUCGCUGGUAGAAAAGGUGACCUACCUCAAGAAGAAACAAGCUGAAAAACCAGUUGCAAGUGACUCCAGAAAGUCCUCCAGUCUCCAGCAAUUGAUUUCUGAGACUAUGGUGCGGUGGGCUCAAGAAUCUGUCAUCGAGGACCCUGAGCUGGUGAGGGCCAUGUUUGUGUUGCUGCAUCGACAGUAUGAUGGCAUCGGGGGUCUCGUCCGGGCACUGCCAAAGACCUACACUAUCAAUGGUGUCUCUGUGGAGGAUACGAUCAACCUGCUUGCAUCGCUCGGUCAGAUCCGAUCCCUGCUGAGUGUGAGGAUGGGCAAAGAGGAAGAGAAGCUAAUGAUUCGUGGAUUGGGGGAUAUCAUGAAUAACAAAGUGUUUUACCAGCACCCCAAUCUCAUGAGGGCCCUUGGAAUGCAUGAAACAGUGAUGGAAGUCAUGGUGAAUGUCCUUGGAGGUGGAGAGUCCAAGGAAAUCACCUUCCCCAAGAUGGUGGCCAACUGUUGCCGUUUUCUCUGUUACUUCUGUCGUAUAAGUAGGCAGAAUCAGAAAGCCAUGUUUGACCAUCUCAGUUAUUUACUGGAAAACAGUAGUGUUGGUCUUGCUUCACCAGCCAUGAGAGGUUCAACCCCCCUGGAUGUGGCUGCAGCUUCAGUUAUGGACAACAAUGAACUUGCCCUCGCUCUACGGGAGCCGGAUCUGGAGAAGGUAGUUCGCUAUCUGGCUGGCUGUGGGCUGCAGAGCUGUCAGAUGCUGGUGUCUAAGGGUUACCCAGACAUUGGGUGGAAUCCAGUUGAAGGAGAGAGAUACCUCGACUUUCUCAGAUUUGCUGUUUUCUGUAACGGGGAGAGUGUGGAAGAGAAUGCAAAUGUUGUGGUGAGGUUGCUCAUCCGGAGGCCCGAGUGCUUUGGUCCUGCCUUGAGAGGGGAAGGUGGCAAUGGCCUCCUUGCAGCCAUGGAAGAAGCCAUAAAAAUAGCUGAGGAUCCUUCUAGAGAUGGCCCUUCCCCAACCAGCGGAUCCAGCAAAACCCUUGAUACAGAAGAGGAGGAAGAUGAUGCCAUUCACAUGGGGAAUGCGAUCAUGACCUUCUAUGCAGCUUUGAUUGACUUGCUUGGUCGCUGCGCUCCUGAAAUGCACUUGAUUCAUGCUGGAAAGGGAGAAGCCAUCCGAAUCAGGUCUAUUUUGCGAUCCCUGAUUCCACUGGGAGACUUGGUGGGCGUAAUCAGCAUUGCAUUUCAAAUGCCAACAAUAGCCAAAGAUGGGAAGGUGGUGGAGCCUGACAUGUCCGCGGGGUUUUGCCCAGAUCACAAGGCAGCCAUGGUUUUGUUCCUUGACAGGGUCUAUGGAAUUGAGGUGCAAGAUUUCCUCCUCCAUCUCCUUGAGGUUGGCUUUCUGCCUGAUCUCCGAGCUGCUGCCUCUCUAGACACGGCUGCACUAAGUGCUACAGAUAUGGCCUUGGCCCUCAAUCGAUACCUUUGCACAGCUGUCCUGCCUUUGUUAACAAGAUGUGCUCCCCUGUUUGCUGGAACAGAGCACCAUGCUUCCCUCAUUGACUCUCUACUGCAUACUGUAUAUAGACUGUCUAAGGGAUGCUCCCUCACCAAAGCUCAGCGGGACUCCAUAGAAGUGUGCCUGCUCUCUAUAUGUGGCCAACUGCGACCUUCUAUGAUGCAACAUCUACUCAGAAGGCUGGUAUUUGAUGUUCCACUGUUGAAUGAGCAUGCAAAGAUGCCUCUUAAGCUUCUGACAAAUCAUUAUGAAAGAUGUUGGAAAUAUUACUGCCUGCCUGGAGGAUGGGGCAACUUUGGUGCUGCCUCAGAAGAAGAACUUCAUUUAUCAAGAAAGUUAUUUUGGGGCAUUUUUGAUGCUUUGUCUCAAAAGAAAUAUGAACAAGAACUUUUCAAACUGGCCCUGCCUUGCCUGAGUGCAGUUGCGGGAGCUUUACCUCCAGACUACAUGGAAUCAAACUAUGUCAGUAUGAUGGAAAAACAGUCAUCCAUGGAUUCUGAAGGGAACUUUAACCCACAACCUGUUGAUACCUCAAACAUUACAAUUCCUGAGAAGUUGGAAUACUUCAUUAACAAAUAUGCAGAACAUUCCCAUGAUAAAUGGUCCAUGGACAAGUUGGCGAAUGGAUGGAUUUAUGGGGAAAUAUAUUCAGACUCUUCUAAGGUCCAGCCACUAAUGAAGCCAUAUAAACUAUUGUCCGAAAAGGAAAAGGAAAUUUAUCGCUGGCCUAUCAAGGAAUCUUUAAAAACAAUGCUGGCUUGGGGUUGGAGAAUUGAGAGAACACGGGAGGGAGACAGUAUGGCUCUUUAUAACCGGACUCGACGCAUUUCUCAGACAAGCCAGGUGUCUAUAGAUGCUGCGCAUGGGUAUAGCCCUCGUGCUAUUGACAUGAGCAACGUUACACUGUCUCGAGACCUGCAUGCUAUGGCGGAAAUGAUGGCUGAAAACUACCACAACAUAUGGGCCAAGAAAAAGAAAAUGGAGCUGGAAUCCAAAGGAGGAGGAAACCACCCCCUGCUGGUGCCCUAUGACACACUGACAGCCAAAGAGAAAGCCAAGGACAGAGAGAAGGCCCAGGAUAUCUUCAAGUUUCUACAGAUCAGUGGUUAUGCUGUAUCCAGAGGGUUGAAGGACCUGGAUCUGGACACACCUUCCAUUGAGAAGCGAUUUGCCUAUAGUUUCCUGCAGCAGCUGAUCCGCUAUGUGGACGAGGCUCAUCAGUACAUCCUGGAGUUCGAUGGUGGCAGCAGAAGCAAAGGAGAACAUUUCCCAUAUGAGCAAGAAAUCAAGUUCUUUGCCAAAGUUGUCCUUCCUUUAAUUGAUCAGUAUUUCAAAAACCACCGUCUGUACUUCUUGUCUGCUGCAAGCAGGCCUCUCUGCACUGGAGGACACGCAUCCAACAAAGAGAAGGAGAUGGUGACGAGCCUGUUCUGCAAACUUGGAGUUCUUGUCAGGCAUAGGAUUUCACUGUUUGGGAAUGAUGCUACUUCAAUUGUGAACUGUCUUCAUAUUCUGGGUCAGACGUUGGAUGCAAGGACUGUGAUGAAGACGGGCCUGGACAGUGUGAAAAGUGCUCUCAGGGCCUUUCUGGACAAUGCAGCAGAGGAUCUGGAAAAGACAAUGGAAAAUCUUAAGCAGGGCCAGUUUACUCACACCCGGAGCCAGCCCAAAGGGGUGACUCAGAUCAUCAACUAUACCACCGUGGCACUGUUGCCCAUGCUGUCAUCCCUGUUUGAACACAUCGGCCAGCAUCAGUUUGGAGAAGAUCUGAUAUUGGAGGAUGUGCAGGUGUCUUGUUACAGAAUUCUGACCAGCUUGUAUGCCUUGGGAACGAGCAAGAGCAUCUACGUGGAAAGGCAACGAUCUGCACUCGGAGAAUGCCUAGCUGCCUUUGCUGGUGCCUUCCCUAUAGCCUUUUUGGAAACCCACUUGGACAAACAUAACAUUUACUCCAUCUACAACACCAGAUCUUCACGGGAGAGAGCAGCUCUCAGUUUACCAGCAAGUGUGGAGGAUGUCUGCCCAAAUAUACCAUCCCUGGAGAAGCUCAUGGCCGAGAUUAUAGAGCUGGCAGAGUCAGGUAUCCGCUACACUCAGAUGCCACACAUGAUGGAGGUUGUACUGCCCAUGCUGUGCAGCUACAUGUCACGAUGGUGGGAACACGGUCCUGAGAACCACCCAGAGAGAGCUGAGAUGUGCUGCACAGCUCUCAACUCAGAGCACAUGAACACACUGCUGGGUAACAUUCUCAAAAUCAUCUACAACAACCUGGGGAUUGAUGAAGGAGCCUGGAUGAAACGCUUAGCAGUGUUUUCACAGCCUAUCAUCAACAAGGUGAAGCCUCAGCUCUUGAAAACUCAUUUCUUGCCCUUGAUGGAGAAGCUAAAGAAAAAGGCUGCCAUGGUAGUGUCUGAGGAAGACCACCUGAAAGCCGAGGCCAGAGGGGACAUGUCCGAGGCUGAGCUGCUAAUUUUAGAUGAGUUCACCACACUGGCAAGGGAUCUUUAUGCCUUCUACCCUCUCUUGAUCCGAUUUGUGGACUAUAACAGGGCAAAGUGGCUGAAGGAGCCCAACCCAGAGGCAGAGGAGCUGUUUCGCAUGGUGGCUGAAGUCUUCAUCUUCUGGUCCAAAUCCCAUAACUUCAAAAGAGAAGAACAGAACUUUGUGGUGCAGAAUGAAAUCAACAACAUGUCCUUCCUCAUCACUGACACCAAAUCCAAGAUGUCCAAGGCAGCUGUUUCUGACCAAGAGAGGAAGAAAAUGAAGCGCAAAGGGGACCGGUAUUCCAUGCAGACAUCUCUGAUCGUGGCAGCUCUGAAGCGACUACUGCCCAUUGGGCUGAACAUCUGUGCCCCAGGAGACCAGGAGCUCAUUUCUCUGGCCAAAAAUCGAUUUAGCUUGAAAGACACCGAGGAGGAAGUACGAGAUAUAAUCCGCAGUAAUAUACACUUACAAGGCAAGUUGGAAGAUCCUGCAAUCAGGUGGCAAAUGGCUCUCUAUAAAGAUUUGCCAAACAGGACAGAAGACACCUCAGACCCAGAGAGGACAGUGGAGCGUGUCCUGGAUAUAGCAAAUGUACUUUUCCAUCUUGAGCAGGUGGAACAUCCUCAGAGAUCAAAGAAGGCUGUGUGGCACAAACUACUCUCUAAGCAGAGAAAAAGAGCUGUUGUUGCCUGCUUCCGGAUGGCCCCCUUAUAUAAUCUGCCAAGGCAUCGGGCUGUCAAUCUUUUUCUUCAGGGAUAUGAAAAGUCUUGGAUUGAAACGGAGGAGCAUUACUUUGAGGAUAAAUUGAUUGAAGAUUUAGCAAAACCAGGUGCUGAACCUCCAGAAGAAGAUGAAGCCAUGAAAAGAGUUGAUCCUCUCCAUCAGCUCAUUCUUCUAUUCAGCCGCACAGCCUUAACGGAGAAAUGCAAACUGGAGGAAGAUUUUCUAUAUAUGGCAUAUGCAGAUAUUAUGGCAAAGAGUUGUCACGAUGAGGAAGAUGAUGAUGGUGAAGAAGAAGUGAAGAGCUUUGAAGAAAAAGAAAUGGAGAAGCAGAAACUUCUCUACCAGCAAGCCAGACUGCAUGACCGUGGGGCAGCGGAGAUGGUGCUUCAGACAAUCAGUGCCAGCAAAGGUGAAACUGGACCAAUGGUGGCUGCUACUUUGAAACUGGGCAUUGCUAUUUUAAAUGGUGGGAACUCCACAGUACAGCAGAAGAUGCUGGACUACCUGAAGGAGAAGAAGGAUGUAGGCUUCUUCCAGAGCCUGGCGGGCCUCAUGCAGUCUUGUAGUGUCCUCGACCUGAAUGCCUUUGAGAGGCAAAACAAAGCUGAAGGACUUGGGAUGGUGACUGAAGAAGGAUCAGGAGAGAAGGUACUGCAGGAUGACGAGUUUACCUGUGACCUCUUCCGAUUCCUGCAGCUGCUUUGUGAGGGACACAACUCAGAUUUUCAAAAUUACCUGAGAACUCAGACUGGCAACAAUACAACUGUCAAUAUCAUCAUCUCUACGGUGGACUACCUCCUCCGAGUGCAGGAGUCCAUUAGUGAUUUCUAUUGGUACUACUCUGGGAAAGACAUCAUAGAUGAGCAGGGCCAACGCAACUUCUCCAAAGCCAUCCAAGUGGCGAAGCAGGUGUUCAACACUCUCACGGAGUACAUCCAGGGUCCUUGUACUGGAAACCAGCAGAGCUUGGCACACAGCAGGCUGUGGGAUGCUGUUGUGGGCUUCCUGCAUGUAUUCGCCCACAUGCAGAUGAAGUUGUCUCAGGAUUCCAGCCAAAUUGAACUCUUGAAAGAACUAAUGGAUCUCCAGAAGGACAUGGUGGUCAUGCUGCUGUCCAUGCUAGAAGGUAACGUUGUGAACGGAACAAUAGGCAAACAGAUGGUGGACAUGCUUGUGGAGUCAUCUAACAAUGUGGAGAUGAUCCUCAAGUUCUUUGAUAUGUUUUUGAAACUAAAGGACUUGACGUCCUCUGACACAUUUAAGGAGUACGACCCUGAUGGCAAAGGGGUCAUUUCCAAGAGAGACUUCCACAAAGCCAUGGAGAGCCAUAAGCACUACACCCAGUCAGAAACCGAGUUUCUGCUGUCCUGUGCAGAGACGGAUGAAAAUGAGACACUGGACUAUGAAGAGUUUGUCAAAAGGUUUCAUGAGCCUGCAAAGGACAUUGGCUUCAAUGUUGCUGUCCUUUUGACCAACCUCUCAGAACACAUGCCCAAUGAUACGAGACUGCAGACCUUCUUGGAGUUAGCAGAGAGUGUCCUCAACUACUUCCAACCGUUCCUGGGUCGCAUUGAGAUCAUGGGCAGUGCCAAGCGUAUCGAGAGGGUCUAUUUUGAGAUCAGCGAGUCCAGCCGAACCCAGUGGGAGAAGCCACAGGUCAAGGAGUCCAAAAGGCAGUUUAUAUUCGAUGUGGUCAAUGAGGGUGGGGAGAAGGAGAAGAUGGAGCUGUUUGUGAACUUCUGUGAGGACACCAUUUUUGAGAUGCAGCUGGCAGCUCAGAUCUCAGAGUCUGAUCUAAAUGAGAGGUCAGCAAAUAAAGAAGAGAGUGAGAAGGAGAGGCCUGAAGAGCAGGGCCCACGGAUGGGCUUCUUCUCCCUCCUCACCAUCCAGUCAGCCCUGUUGGCUCUCAGGUACAAUGUCCUAACCCUCGUUAGGAUGCUCAGCCUGAAGAGCCUAAAGAAGCAGAUGAAGAGAAUGAAAAAGAUGACAGUGAAGGACAUGGUCACAGCCUUCUUCUCGUCCUACUGGAGUGUGUUCGUGACCCUCUUACACUUCGUGGCCAGUGUCUGCAGGGGCUUUUUUCGCAUUGUUUCCAGCCUGCUGCUUGGGGGGAGCCUAGUGGAAGGCGCUAAGAAAAUCAAAGUGGCAGAGCUUCUAGCCAACAUGCCAGACCCCACUCAGGAUGAGGUGCGAGGAGAUGAAGAAGAGGGAGAGAGGAAGCCAUUAGAGUCAGCUCUGCCCUCUGAAGACCUGACGGACUUAAAGGAACUGACGGAGGAAAGUGACCUUCUUUCAGACAUAUUUGGCUUGGAUCUGAAGAGGGAAGGAGGGCAGUACAAACUAAUUCCUCACAAUCCAAACGCCGGCCUCAGUGACCUUAUGACCAAUCCCAUCCCUGUCCCUGAGGUACAAGAAAAGUUACAGGAGCAGAAGGCAAAAGAAGAGAAGGAAGAAAAAGAAGAAACCAAGUCUGAACCUGAGAAGGCUGAGGGGGAAGAUGGAGAAAAAGAAGAAAAAGCCAAAGAUGAUAAAGGCAAACAGAAGUUGAGGCAGCUUCACACACAUCGAUAUGGGGAACCUGAGGUGCCAGAGUCGGCGUUCUGGAAGAAAAUCAUAGCCUAUCAGCAGAAGCUGCUGAACUACUUUGCUCGCAACUUUUACAACAUGAGGAUGCUGGCCUUGUUUGUUGCCUUUGCUAUCAAUUUCAUCCUGCUCUUCUACAAGGUCUCCACUUCUUCUGUGGUUGAAGGAAAGGAGCUGCCUGCCCGAAGCUCCAGCGACACUGCCAAAGUGACCACCAGCCUGGACAGCAGCCCACACAGAAUCAUUGCAGUGCACUAUGUCCUCGAGGAGAGCAGUGGCUACAUGGAACCCACCCUGCGCAUCUUAGCCAUCUUGCACACUGUCAUCUCUUUCUUUUGCAUCAUUGGAUACUACUGCUUGAAAGUCCCAUUGGUGAUUUUUAAGCGAGAGAAGGAAGUGGCACGGAAAUUGGAGUUUGAUGGGCUUUACAUUACGGAGCAGCCGUCGGAAGACGAUAUUAAAGGCCAGUGGGACAGACUGGUGAUCAACACACAGUCAUUUCCCAAUAACUACUGGGAUAAAUUUGUUAAAAGAAAGGUAAUGGAUAAAUAUGGAGAGUUUUAUGGGCGAGAUAGAAUCAGUGAGUUACUGGGCAUGGAUAAGGCUGCACUGGAUUUCAGCGAUGCGAGAGAGAAGAAGAAGCCCAAGAAAGACAGCUCCUUGUCCGCUGUAUUGAACUCUAUUGAUGUGAAGUACCAGAUGUGGAAACUCGGAGUUGUGUUCACAGACAAUUCCUUCCUGUACCUAGCCUGGUACAUGACCAUGUCUGUUCUUGGACACUAUAACAACUUUUUUUUUGCUGCUCACCUCCUUGACAUCGCGAUGGGGUUCAAGACUUUGAGAACCAUCCUGUCCUCAGUCACCCACAAUGGCAAACAGCUCGUGUUAACUGUGGGCUUAUUAGCUGUUGUUGUGUACCUGUACACUGUCGUGGCAUUCAACUUCUUCCGAAAAUUCUAUAAUAAGAGCGAAGAUGGUGAUACACCAGACAUGAAAUGUGAUGACAUGCUGACGUGUUACAUGUUCCACAUGUAUGUGGGUGUCCGUGCUGGAGGGGGCAUUGGUGAUGAAAUUGAAGACCCAGCAGGAGAUGAGUAUGAGAUCUACCGCAUCAUCUUCGACAUCACGUUCUUCUUCUUUGUGAUUGUCAUCCUUUUGGCCAUCAUACAAGGUUUGAUCAUCGAUGCUUUUGGAGAACUCAGAGACCAACAGGAGCAAGUCAAGGAAGACAUGGAGACCAAGUGCUUCAUCUGUGGGAUAGGCAAUGACUACUUUGAUACAGUGCCGCACGGCUUCGAAACACAUACUCUACAGGAGCACAACUUGGCCAACUACCUGUUUUUUCUGAUGUAUCUCAUAAACAAGGAUGAAACAGAGCACACAGGACAGGAAUCUUAUGUCUGGAAGAUGUAUCAAGAGAGGUGUUGGGAGUUUUUCCCAGCAGGGGACUGUUUCCGGAAACAGUAUGAAGACCAGUUAAAUUAAUAUCAUACCUGAAUUGUCUCUGAAAACCAAAAGCAAUCUCUCUCCCUCUCUCUGUCUCUCUGUACCUCCCUCUCUCCCCUCUCUGAUCCCUUGGAACACCUGCUCGUAUUUUCCACUGGCCAGCAUCCUGUGCUGAGAGCACUGAUGCUCAGUCUCAAAGGACCUGACUGUUGUCCCCCAGCCUCAUGUGUUUUCAUUGAGAAAUCAAGACUGAAGAACAAUCCAAAUCCACAUUCAGACUAAACAGGAACCCUGGAAAGAAAUCCAUUGUGGACACUCUACCAUACCCCCCAUGGACAGCUUCCCCUGAGGGUCAUGGAGUCUCCAGGAGCUGCCAGACCUGCGCAGCCAAGCAUGGCAGCCACACUCACCCGGGCUCUUUAUUUCGCCAUCCCAGAAGGAAGUGUCUGAGGGUCAUAGAGCACUGUAGCACUUAACAGGUUACCAUGGACACCAGUUGCAAAGGGAAAUAGUGCCUUACUAUAAGUGGGUUGAGCUAUGCAGAAGAUAAUGUGCAUGACA